AUGCUCAGCGCGCUCUGCCGCCCGCGCCAACCCGUUAAUCACCGGGGAUGCCGCGUCGCCGGCACCGGCGCCUUCACGCGCCUACACCCACACCCACACAGUCUCACCACCGCCAUCCUCGCCCGGUCAACAGCAUUAACACGCCUCACCGCGUCCACCCGCACGCUCACUAUCCGGAGUUUCCCUACGACCGAUAACCCGGAAUUAGUCCAGAACAAUGUGCGCAUACGGAGACACAGAUCGUUGGGAUCCCCCACGCGAGAGGAGAUGCUUGGGGAUUACAAGGUCUUGGAUGUGGGAACGGGGAAAGUGCGGGUGAGGGGGAAAAUUGUGACGCAGCUGGAGGCGGAGCAAGAACAAGAUCAAGGAGACAAGAUACCAGGCAUUGUGGACCGGGCGCCAACAGAGCUGCGUCCUUCGUUUAGGCAUUCGGAGCAAAAACAUGAGCAAGGGUAUAAGAAACCACACAAUGCGGACGAGAUACUAAUAGAUCGGCGUCCUUGGGUUAGGCGUCCAGAGGAGGAUGCCAUUAGGCUAAAGCUGGGGCCACGCAUUGUGAAGCAUAAUGCGCCGGACCGUGAGCGACCAAAUGCGUUGGAGCAGAAGCGGCCACAUGCGCCGGACCGGAAGCGGCCACAAUCGCCGGACCGGAACCGGCUACUUUGGUUGGAGCGGGAGCGAGCACACUUGUUGGAGAGGAAGCUACCAGAUGCGAUGAAGGAGUUGCGGCUACUUAAGUUGCGGAGGCGAAAUGUGCCAAAACGGGUACGGGAUGCGUCUAGGGAGAUAGAAGAGCAAGGCGGGGAGCUUCCUUUGUUGAGGGUUUCAGUGAAAAAUGCCGUCAUGCAGAAGGAGGGGGCACGCAUUGUGAAUCGAGAUGCGUAUGGGGAGAUAGAAGAGGAGGAGGAGUCGCGUCCUUCAUUUAGUCUUCAAAAGCAGGGUGCGUCAGAGCGGGAGAAAGAUGCAUUCGUGAAGAUAGAAGAGGUGGAGGAGCCGCGUCCUUCAUUGAGUCUUCCAAAGCAGGGUGCGCCAAAGUGGGAGAAAGAUGCAUUUGGGGAGAUGGGGGAGCAAGAGGAGCGGCGUCCUUCAAUGUGGCUUCCAAAGAAGGAUGUCAUUCCGCGGAAGCCAGAGAUGCAUGAUGCGCCAGAGCGGGAGAAAGACAAGUUUGGGGAGAUAGACAUGGAAGACAAGCGCUACUGGAGCCCAUUGACAAAAACCGAGCGCAUCACAGAUAAUGAUGGGGAAGACGUACGCAGCCGCGACAGCCACAACGAGCGCAAAGCCAGCUUGCUCCCACCUCCAAUACCCGAUGAGGACCGCAUACGCGGCCUGCGCGCUGAUGAUCAGCUCUUCUUCCAAAAAGCACUCGUCCCGCGUGGCAUCUUCAACACGCAGGACCACGUCCCCAUCAUCGACCCGGCCGACCACUUCCAUAUACGCUUACCCGACCAGGACGACGCCAAUGCUGACACCAUGCCGCAGUACUACCGCCAAAUCCCGGGUCUCGAAAACACCUCGCUCUGGGCAAGCACCGACGACGAGACCGUGGCACGCCUAAGCGGUCAACUCAGGGCCAUGGUGGCGCGCAUACGCGAUGAACUCAAGGCCAUGGAGCGGGAUAUCGCCACCGACGCCGAGCACAUCGACUUCAUGCGGACGCACGUGCUGAAAGAGAACAGCCAGGACUUCUCGUCAGAGUCGCGGCACGUGAACAGCGUGCGCAAGCUCGGGCUCGAGGUGUUCCCGGACGCAAAGUGGCAGGAGCCGCCACAGUUCAAGGGCGGCUUCCCGCACGCGCUGCCCAUGAAGCCUGACUGCAUGUACUGGCUCAGUCUGGAGAUGUUUGAGCCCGCGUCCCGAGACCUCGUCGCGGAGCACGUCCGCAUCGUUGAGGACCGCCUCCUAUGCCCCUACUUCAGCGUCGAUAUCGUCAGUGGGACCAAGUUGGCCGUGCAGGGCCUGGCGCAGGUGACUGCUGCGUCCGCCACGGCGCUGUACAACCGCUUCAUGCUCAAGGAACGGCAGCUCAAGGCCAGCAAAAGCCGUUGGUCCGAUCAGGACCGUGCGCAAAUGAAGCAUUACGGUCUUGUCGUAUCGGACACUUUCUACCAGCUCUGGUGCUCCACGCCCGUGUUCGACGCUAGGGAUAACUGGAAAGGUUGCCGUACGGCGUUCCUCCUGAGCGGAAACUACGCUGCCGAGGCGCAGUUGCACGGGCUGCUGGCUUGGGUCAACGAGAUUCAUCGCUGGGGCCUGACGGUGCAUGCUUCGGGCGUCGUCGACGAUGUUCUCAGUCUCAUUGAGACUGGCGAACCUGAUUCGAGCGUUGAUGUGGAGAAACAGCCAGACCAGUUUGCAGAGGGGCAGUAUGACGCUUUUGGUUUGAUCGAUGAUGUGGAGAAAGCGCCUGCAAAGAAAAAGACAAAGAAAGCCGCUAUUGACUUGAGUGCUCGUGUAGGGAAGAAGCGUGGUGUAGCUCCAAAGAAAAAGAAACCCGCUUUUGCUCUGAGCAUUAGCAAGAAAGAGCCUGGUCCGUUAGGAGUGAAGAAGAGUGUCAUACGUAGGAAAUGGUUUAACACUGGGGACAAGAUGGUCAGGAAAAUUCCUGACAAAAACGUGGUCAGGAAAUUUUCUGCAAGGUUGGAUACUAGGGCUUUCUCUACGUCGACCCGCUUUCGAAACGAAGACGCGACAAAAGUGCUCAAAGAGACAAUAGACGAAGGUGUCGUCAAAGAAGAGCAAGUAGUUGUUGAGAAAGAGACGAGUGUCACGAACCAGAGUGCUCGGGACGACAGAAAACCAGCACAAGAGCAAAAAGACGCGCCAGAAGAGGCAACGGUUGAAAAGGCGACGAGUGCCAAGAAAGCCCAGGCAAAACAGGCCGCGGCACCAAAGCCGCAAGCCCCCGUCUACACAGCCUCCCUCCUGGAGAGACUCAAAGCCGCCGCAGUCGAAGAACGAAGCCGCAAAUUGUUCGUCCAUCCGGAGCCAGAAACGGAAACGCAUGCCGCAGAGGAAUCCCGCGCCGCCCAGAUCGACUUGAACAACCUCAAAAAAGAGAAGAAAACGGGGUAUCUGGAGAAGAAGAGAUGGGAAAUUGAGCGGAGGAAGGAGAAAGCCAGAAAGGCCAGGGAGCGGAGUAGGCAGAAUAAGCAAAAGAGAAUACAACAGGAGCAAGAACUGGAAAACGCCAACGCAGUGCUGGGCUUCCGCAGGACCGAACCGCGGUACUUCCAGAGCGCAAAUCCCACAGCCACAAGCUUUGAGGAGAUCAGAGACCUGAUCCCGGAACGCGAGCAAAAGCCACCAGAGCUCUCCGAUAUGGUAAGCGCCGUACAAGAGCAGUUACGACAAGCACGCACUACAGCACCCGACGAGGAGGCGCCGGCAGGUAAGCAAAAUCCCAGCGUGGAGCGUUUCCUCAUUGUCAAGAGGUUUCUGGACACCCUUCACGAAGACGUAAGCAUGUGGUGGAAAGGCGAGGAUGGUACCGAUGCUGUCAUGGCGCUUCUGCGUGAGUUUAGAAAGGACCCAACUUCGAUGCAAGAAUACGAAGGGGGCCUGACGAGGCAGGCGUAUCUGGAGAUGAGAUGGAAAGAGGUUGCAAAAGAAAAGAAGAGGGAGUAUGAUCAGGAGAAAUAUUAUGAGGACAAAAGACUGGUGAAGAGGUUGGAGGCGCUUGACCCAGAGCUUACCAUGGCCCAACAGCUUCCCAUUGCCCUCGAAGAACUUCUAAAUACGGAUCUCCUCAACGAGAGCCCAUCUAUUCCGAAGACAUACGACGAGCUGAUGGCGAGGGAGGCGCACAGAGAAAGAUUGUGGGAGGAGUUUUAUGCAAAGCGCCAGAAAUUUGCUGUGCUGAGAAGAAAGGUGGUUAGAAUGGCUGGGAAUAAGAGGAGAAGACAGGAGAAGCGGAGGGAAGAGGCGGCAAGACAGGCAGCGGCAUGCGAGGAAGAGGCCGAAGCCGCGCCUGGACCGCAGAGCCCCAGCCUCAAACCCAGCCAGCGGAGACAGGAGAGGCAAAAGGCUACAAAGGCGCAGGCUAUGGCAGAAGAGCGGAAGUUGGCGAAGCACCAGCAGAAGAUGGAGAAGCAACAGCGGAAGAUGGAGAGGAAACGGGCUGCAAGGGAGGCUGCAAAGCUGGAGCAACAACAAGAACAAGAACAUGAACAAGAACAAGAACAAGAGCAAGAGCAAGAGCAAGAGCAAGAGCAAGAGCAGGAGCAGGAGCAACAGCAGGAGCAGGAGCAACAGCAAGAGCAGAAGCAGCCAAUCCUCGUAGAAGAGACAUCUUCCUUAUCCACCACCACCGCCAUGGAAACGCACCAAUCCCAGCCCCAGGACCCUCUCUUAGACGCAGACGCAAAGCGGGAGCGGAAGAGGGCGAUACAACAGAGGAGGAGAGCGAGGAGACGGGCUGAAAAAGAGGCUGCGGAGCUGGAACAACAACAAGAGCAAGAGCAAGCGCAAACGCAAGAGCAAGAGCAGCCAAUCCUCGUAGAAGAGACAUCCUCUUUCUCCACCACCACCACCACCACCACCAUCGAAACGCGCCAACCGCAGGACCUUCCCCCAGACACGGCCGCCAACGUCUAUGCUGACGCCGACCCCGACGCCGACCCCGUCUGGCACGACCCCUUCGGCACAGACUGGGACCACGCCGACGUGCACCAAGGCGACGCCGCGGCCGAAGCGGCGCAAGCGCUGCGAGCGGCGCUCGACGCAGACGCGGAGAGGGAGAAGCGGGCGCAGGAGAAGGAGUCGCGGGCGCAGAGGCACGAAGUGUAUGUGAUGCCGGACCCUCGAUCUACUGGUACGCGGAGGUUUAGGUUUGGAUCGCGGCCGGAGCGACAGCAGCCACGCCCGGUGGAGGAUGGACAGGGACAGGAGCCGGUGCUGGGCAGGGGGAAGCGCCCGGGCCCGGUGCGGAGUGAUGAGAGGGUGAGAGGGAGGCGGUCGGUGCCUGUGCCGAAGACGGGAAAGGGGAAGGGUGGGGAGUGA